GGGCUACAGACUGGGGCGGCUGUCACAUCGGGCCUAGAAGAACAAGGGGCACGCAAACGCUAUUCGCUGAUGGCUGAUAUGGGGCUUGCACGGAUCACAAGUGUAGCGCAUGUUGGAAGUGCUUGUGUGGCGCCCGUAGUUUGGAUCGUAUCCCGUUGCCCAUGUGCGAGACGCUCAGAACGUUACAAGAUGCCUUGCGAGAUGAUCAGUGAACUCUUUCGCCAGUGGACAAACUGGAGAUUGAGGAGGAGGAUGAAACGAAACGCACACCGUUCUCAGCCCGAUGCCUCGGGUCUGCGGGAGAUCGGCCAAGGAUGGCACGCAAGACGGUCGGUUUCAGAUUUGCGCCUUCUCGGCCUGGCCCGGUAACCUUCUCCAAAGAGCCGAAGUGAUUGACAGGGGCAGAACAGUGUGUUCAUGUUGCUCAACAAUUGUCACUUGCAUUCCAGCUGUUCAACGACAGCUCGACGCAUGUAUUGAAAAUCAACCUUUAAGCCUGCUUCAUGCUCUAGAAUCUUACAUGCGACGACACUUCUCAUCUUGCCUGUUCUCCACGUGGCGAGUUGAUUCAAUUGUCCGGCGGCAAGGGAGCUUCUGGCGAGCCUUCUUCUCAGCAGGGAAGACUUGCCCGAGUGGCUCCACCACACCACGCAAAGUCCGGAUCAAAGGCGUCGCCGAGGGGAAAUGAAAGCCUCCGACAGCUCUCAAGAUGCAUUCGCAAUCGCAGCACAGACGGACAUC